AUGGCCUUUUUCGCUGCCUGUACCACCGCUAUCCCCUCCCGUUACGACCCCGCCGCUGUCCAACGCGCCUAUGAAGGCCUUCUCAACGACCUUUCGCGUGUACCAAAUCAAGUACAAUGCAAAAAAUGCAACAGGGUGUUUUCGGAGGAUAUAUACCAGCAUCAAAGGCCAGGGAAAAAAUGUGCAGGUGCGGGUUAUAUUACUCAAGAUUGUGCAGCGGAAAGUGAAUCCUUUCGCGCUACCAACCCCAGAGCGUGGCAGGAGGUUGAGGAUUACAAAAAUGGAAAAAUUACAAAAUUUUGGUAA